AGUAUUCAGACAUAAUAAUAUCUUAACUUUUGCUUUAAUUAUCUAAUCUGGAAUUAUAGAAUAAGAAGCUACAACAUAUUUAAAUAUAACAAAUCAAAAAUUCUUUCAGUUUCCCGAACAAAAUUUAACUAUUUAGCGCAAUGGCAACCACCAUACAUUCUAUGUCAACAACCUCCACCACCCUCAUUGAUGGCAAGGCUCCUCUACGUCAAUCAGCUGCGGCCGCAUCCUCCCAAUGCGUCACACUUCCGCCUCUCCCACCGCGGUUACCUCUGCAGCAGAAGCGUGUUUGGAACACCACUGGCUACAGUCGAAAGUUAGCUAGGAAUGUUGCUGCCAUGGCCACUGGAGAGGCAACACCUGAGGCCGGUCCCCCUGACGCUGAGGAGCUCAUAAAGCCAAUUCAAGAGGCGUGGGAGAAAGUGGAAGAUAAGUAUGCAGUGAGUAGUCUAGUAGUAGCCGGAGUUGUUUUUCUUUGGGGUUCCACAGGGUUGAUCUCGGCAAUAGACAGGCUUCCGUUGAUUCCGGGUGUUUUGGAGCUAGUUGGAAUUGGUUACACCGGAUGGUUUGUAUACAAGAACCUGAUUUACAAACCUGAUAGGGAAGCUUUGGUAGAAAAAAUUAAAGGCACAUACAAAGACAUUAUUGGGAGCAGUUGAUUGGGAAUGGAGACUUAAGGAAGAUACUAUAUUUUACUCAGUCUUCUUUUUUGCUAUGAUUUCCAUAAUAAACUUCUAACAGGAGAAACUGUGUGAUUAUAUGAACAUAUAUCUUUUGAAGGCACAUAUAAAAUUUCCAUCUUUUGCUCUAUCUUGUGCAUGCUUCCAAUGUUUGCCAUCUUAUAUAUGUACUCAUCUGAUGGAUUUUCUUGUUA